GUUUUAAUUAGGUUCGUGUCCGCGAGAUUAGAUAGUACGCAUGGGGAGGCAUGGUGAAAAUGUCCAUCGAACGCGGGAGGACGUACAUACCUACCUACCCUCCCCAUGGGUAUAAGAUGUGGUACAUACUUCCCUGAGAUCGAUUAAACGGUGCUUGUCCGUGCUUGUGGCGGAAGUGCGGAAUCAUCUCGUUAUAUUGCAGCAUCUAUUGACACGAUGCCUUCGUUUAUCUCCUACCUGCCUCUGUUCGCCGCAGCAGCUGGCAGCGUGGCCGCCGCGCCAGCAGUAAACACCACUAUUUGCAAUGGCCACACGUAUAUUUAUGAAGAAUUGGCCGGCUACGGCUUUCUGGCGAGUGACAAGCGCGAUCGAUACGGAGACAGCAUGAGCCUGGGGUCGUCCAUUGCGCUAGAUCGCAAAACCUGGUCACGAAGGGGAAACGUAUACGAGGGAAUACUCUAUGGUCUGCCGGACCGUGGCUGGAAUACAAAUGGCACCCUUAGUUUCGCAGGGCGGAUUUACAAGCUCCAUCUGACGCUGUCAUUGAACGAGAGCGCUACGGUCCAGCAUCCGUCAGGGCCCAACCUGAAGAUUGAGUACUUGGACAGCAUCAUCCUGCGCGAUCCCCUGGGUCAUUUCACCACUGGCCUCGAUGCCAAUGCCCACGGACCGUAUCUGAGAUAUCCAGAGUUCCCCGAGGUGCCAUCUGCUCGAUACAGCGGCGACGGCUUUGGCGGUGCCGGUCCAGGAGGCUUCCAGCUAUCGUUGGAUUCUGAAGGUCUGGCCUUGGGUGCCAAUGGCACCUUCUGGAUCAGUGAUGAAUACGGACCCUAUGUCUACCAGUUCUCCGCGGAAGGCCAUCUGCUGCAGGCGGUUAGUCCUCCGGAUGCCUUUAUUCCCGUGCGAAACAACUCCGUCAGCUUCAGCGCGGAUUCCCCUCCGAUAUACAACCCCAGUUUGGAAGUCAUCCCAUCCGAUAACCCUACGGGACGAGACAAUAACCAGGGUUUCGAGGGUCUCACCCUCUCUCCCGAUGGAAAGAAGCUGUUCGCCCUGAUGCAAUCUGCAUUGAACCAGGACGGUGGAGAGAAGAAGAAAACGAGAAGAUACGCUCGAUUAGCUGUAUACGAUCUGACUGGAUCGAAACCCCUUUACAGCGCUGAGUAUGUGGUUCCUCUGCCAUUCUACAAUAACGGCACAAAGGUCGCAGCGCAGUCUGAAAUCCACUACAUCUCCGAUACCCAAUUCCUAAUUCUUGCGCGCGACUCCAAUUCCGGCCAUGGUCAGAGCUCCUCUGAGAGCGUCUAUCGACACGUCGAUGUCUUCGAUAUCUCGAAUGCAACCAAUAUCAAAUCGGCAGCAAAUGACGGUUUCAACAGCACGAUCGCUCCAUCUGGUACUCUUACACGGGGGAUCAUACCAGCGCAAUACUGCUCCUGGCUUGAUUUCAACGUCAACAGCCAAUUGAAUCGCUUCGGGGUGCACAAUGGAGGAGCUCAGGAUUCGCAUCUCCUGAACGAGAAGUGGGAGAGUCUCGCAUUACUCCCGGUAGAUCUGGAUGGUGAAAAUGAGGAGAAUGAGUAUUUUCUCUUCUCGUUCAGUGAUAAUGAUUUCGUCACGCAGAAUGGAUACAUGAAUUUCGGUCGCUUCCAGUAUGCUGAUGCGAGUGGCUACAACCUCGACAAUCAGGCCUUGGUGUUCAAAGUCAAGUUGCCUAAGGGCUCUAAUCCGCUUGUGUAAGGAGAUGGUGGGAUUAGAAUCAUCGGUACCCCUAUUAGUUCCACAGUACUCUGUAUCUCACUGGUAGUAUAUACAUACUUCUGUGGCUAAUUAUAAAUAUAGCCGUACUCAGGUUUUAUGACCACGCUUGGUGAAUUUAUCCUACUCUUUGGCACGAUCUAGGACCGGAUAGAGGGACAAUCCACAUGAUGCAUGAUUGAUACCCAGAAUCAUCUAGCGAAGAUAAAACAAUCUAGUUCCCAUGAUCAACCACCACCUAUCAUAAACAGUG